AUGGAGGUGGAGAUGGAGGUGGAGAUGGAGGUGGAGGGGCAGGACGAGGAGGCGGAGAGGGAGAUGGCGCCGAAGAAGUUGCGCAUUCGUGGUGAAGCGCAAGUCCCUGAUGAGAGGAGGGAGCCUACUAGCCAGGAUGCGAAAGCCCUCAUCAUCCCGAACGAAAAAGACAAUUGGACAUAUGACAAGGGGGUUCGCCAGCCGUCGAGCAUGAUUGGAGCUCUUAUUAGGCAGUACUGGCCGGGCUUUUACACUCCGGUCCCCGGCGGCGAGAAGAAGCUAGCCGAGACUUGGGCGGACUAUGAGGCAGCUCCUUGCCCGGGCUUUGGGACAGCUUCUGACGCCGUGUACACCAAGUUUUGGACCCAUUAUAAGGUGCCUGAUGAUAUGGUUGAGCAAGGGAGGGCGGUACUGACUAGGGCUUGUCAGAGGUUGACAAGGCAACAGUGGUACAAUCAGAAGCAUACCUGCAUCGGGCACUUCAAGGCUGAGCAGGGCACGAGGGUCAAGAAAGCUGACAAUAUCAGGGACGAUCCUCAGCUGACAAAGGAAGAUUACUUCAAGGUUAUGCCCCUAUGGUGCGAGAAUAAGGAAGACGCAUUUGAGGCCUUGGUAGCGAGGUGGGUUGGCGAAGACGCCGACUUCAACGCCAAGAGCGCGCGCAACAAGGCAAACCGGGAGGCGGAACUCGGGGAGCCUCUCACCGAGGUGGGAGGGUGGCAGAAGAUGAAGCUGAAGCAGCCCGAUCUGAGCCAGCCUCAGCCCUCGCUGCCCGAGUACUUCGGCUAUGCCGAAGAGGAGUUGGAGAAGUACUGCUUGGUGUUCAAGGGUCUUCAUCCGGAGGUGGAUGAUCCUAUUGAGCAGGAGACCGACUUGACGGCGAUUAUGGUGGCGGGGAGCGGCGCGGAGCAUGGCCGCACGAAGCUUCUUAGUGGGGUGAUCAAGCCGCAGAGGACCCUCACGCAGAUCAGGUCUACCCUCACCACCGGCGACCCACCGGUCGCGCCUCCUCGACACCGUCGUACGGAUGCUCACUUUGAGGCCGCCUACACGGCCGCUUAUGAGAAGUAUUUGACGGUUGUAGCAGAGUGGGACCUCAAGAGAGCGGCUUGGGAAGAGUACCAGGAGGCGACGAGUCGUGACGUUCUUCCCGGGACCGGAGAGAGGAUCGCACUUCCGGCCGAGGAGCCAGCCUAG